AUGUAUGCUUCUCUUGGUUCGCCCCGGACUGCGCCGUCUGAAGCCACUGGCACUGUUUCUGGGGGCGGGGGGGAAGGGGGGGCGGAGGUCACUCUGUGGGAAGGGGAAGGCCCGGUGACGGGAUAUGAAAAUACGCCUGUUGAGUCAUUGCUUUGCACUAUGGUGGAACCAACGCCACCUCUUUCGUCUCCCUCAUUUUGCUCAGUUUCCUCUGCGUGUCCUUCAUCGGAAGCUGUUGUUCAGCAUUUUCUGCACCGCCUCGACCAAGUUGAAGAGAGGCCGCACAGUGUCGCAGAAGUGUUGCUGCACGCCCUCACGCAUCCUUUGCUCUGCUUUUUUAGUGAACUUCUUGGUCACCCAAAAGUCGCAGGCGUUCGCCGCCUAACAGAUGAUCACGACUCGUCCCGACUUUCGUGCGUUACCCCCGCCCUGCCGUCCUUCGGACUCCCUGAGCUGCUGGCGACGAUGUGCCUGUUUAGCACGGGGACCGUUGAAGACUAUCGGGAAGGCCAAGCUCGACGACGACUAAUGCACAAGACAGGAGCGGCAAAAACAGGUGGGCCUUCUCUUGCCUGGGCAGCUGAACAAGUUCCGGCGCUUCCGCCCCUUCUUUUGAAGAAGCUGCGGAUGCUAACCACGCUGACGCUGGCAUCCUAUGCCCGCGAAAUUCCUUUCGAAUUCCUAGCAUCUGCUUUGUCCGUGCUGGAGGAAGAUGUUGCGCCUGACGCUGCCGACGCAGCUGCUAUACAGUCAACGGCUGCACCUCACGGGGCAACUGACCGUGCUACAAGUGAAUCCAUGACCCAGCCAGGCGAAGGCGUGAGUGUGGAGGCUCUUCGUGCAUUUCUAGAAAGCGCGGUAGCAGCUAAAGCGCGCGUGAGUCAUGGGGAGGCCGUGGCAGUUGUCCGCUGGUGCACUGCCUCGGGCUGGCUGCGCGCACGAGUCGACGAACACCGGCAGAUUGUCUUCGUCGAGGGCGUCAUAGGAAGAGAUGUAGACAGCCGUGAUGACCUUGAACUCAUGGAGGAAAGCCUGAAGGUGGUCGCGCGGCGCGCUUACACAGCGAUUGAAGCUCUGCAAAGUAGCAUUGGCAAACCGUAUUUGUGGGAGCGCUAG